AUUUGAGCGGCAUCUCCACUUUUAGGCUUUUAGCCCCCAAUCCAUACCACACUGUACCAUACAACAUCGCAGAGUACUAAUGUAUGAUGUAGUAUCUCACAAAACAAACAAAAUGGCAAAAAGAAAAACCACCACCACCAACAACAACAACCACCGAACAAAAGAAUCAAAAUCACACACACUCCCUUCAUCACCAUCCCACUCAUUCUCAUCUUCUUCUUCCUCAGAUUUCGAAUUCACCAUCUCAAUCUCACCUCGCAAAUCCUCCAACAACCUCUGUCCCGCAGAUGAACUCUUCUACAAAGGCCAACUCCUACCUCUCCAUCUCUCCCCUCGCAUCUCCAUGGUCCGUACUCUUCUCCUCUCUUCCUCCUCCACCUCCUCCGCCACCUCCUCCUCCACCGCUCCUCGUGACUCCACCGGUAGCACCAACUCAAACGAUUCCACCUCUUCUUUCAUCAGCGACCUCGCUCUUUUCCCUGACUCCUGUGAUUCCUCUCGUCCAAGUUCAGUCACAGAAGACGAUGAACUCAAACGCCUCCAUCAUAUCAACAACAACAACAACAGAUCCAGCUCUCAGUUGAAGAAACCCAACAAGUAUUUCUCUCUGUCAAGAUUCUCCUCCGUUUUUCGUAGAGAAACCGUCGUUAAAACCAGAGAACGAGUAACCGUAACCGAAACCGAAACCGCCGCUAGUAAUAUUAUUAACAACUCUAACUCUUCAGUGAAACGAAUGAGUGUUACUGCCAAAGAGGUUAUUCGAAAAUACUUCAAGAAAGUGAAACCAUUAUACGAGAAACUCUCUCAAAAACAACAACCAACGGAAGAACUUACAACUACAACUACAAACACAAAUACAGCGUUAACGGUUAUGUCACUGUUAACAAAAACCGAGAGAUCUGAGAAGGACAUGAAGAAAGACAACGUUAGUAUGUUAUCUCAUUCGUUUUCUGGGAAUUUAAGGUAUCCAAGAAAGAGAAACUUCGUGUCGAGUUGUCCUUCUUCAAUGAGAUCUUCACCAAGUCAUUCCGGUGUUCUUUCAUCAAAAGGUGUUGUUCUUCGUGAUUCUUCUUCCAUGGAAGAGUUGCAAAGUGCUAUUCAAGGUGCUAUUACUCAUUGCAAAAACUCUUUAAUCACAAAUCAUUAAACUGUGAUUAGUAGUAAUAACCAAAUUAAUCUUAUCUAAUCUUUGUAUUUUGUUUUAUUAUAACAACGUUAGUGUUUCUUGAUCUAUGUUUUUUGUUGUCAUUAACCAAAAGUGAUGUUCAUGUUCAAAAAAAGGAGAAUCUUUUUUUAUUGUAGAAUCUGACGUGGCAUUGAAUUUGCAUGUGACUGAGUAUUUAAAUUUGGAACGUGUUUUGGAUUCUUAGUUGGGAAAGUGGAAAGUCUUUUUUCUGACUGUUUUUAAUUGUACUAUUUGAUAUCAAAAUAUUUAUAUAGUAGUUGUAAUAAGUGUGACGUUGAUGUAGUACUGUAAUGGUAGUAAUUGCUCUGCAAUACAAAAAUGGCAGUAUAUGAAUUGGAGUUUUCUGUGAA